CGGAAGCGCCACCGGAAGUGGGCGCGGCCUCGCUUUCCCAUCACCCCCCGCGGCCGCCAGGCCCCGGAAGCGCCAAAAAAAGAAAAAAUCCCCAAAAUCGCCGAAAAUCUCCCCAAAAAUUCGGGAAUUUCACCCAAAAUCCCCUCGGGGGGACCCCCCGGAGCGGCCAUGACGCUUUUUCACUUCGGGAAUUGCUUCGCGCUCGCGUAUUUCCCCUAUUUCAUCACCUACAAGUGCAGCGGCCUGUCCGAGUACAGCGCGUUCUGGCGCUGCGUCCAGGCAGGAGCCACCUACGUACUGGUGCAACUGGGAAAGAUGCUGUUCUUGGCCACGUUCUUCCCCACCUGGGAGGGACCCUCGGGGGGCUACGACCUGGUGGGGGAGUUCCUCCGUGCCACCGUGGACGUCGCUGACCUGGGGGGGCUGCAGCUGGCGCUGGGCCGGGGUGGGGGGAGGGGCGAGCUGCGGAUCCUGGUGGCCGCCCUGGGCUGGGCCAGCGCCGAGCUGCUCACGGCCAGGUGUGUCCCGCUCUGGGUGGGCGCGCGGGGGGUGGAGUUCGACUGGAGGCACCUGCAGAUGGGGCUGGACUCCAACAUCAGCCUGGUGCGUCACGUGGCCGCGGCCGCUCUCCUCUGGGCCUCGGGGCGCCACGACCUCCCCUCCCCCCUGCGGCUGCCCCUGGGGGGGCUCCUGGCGGCCGCCGCCUACGAGGGCUUCUUAAUCGGGUGGGCGGGGCAGGUGCUGGGCCUGGGCCCCUGGGGGGCGCUGGGGCUGCGGGCGCUGGGGGCGGCCGCGCUGGGGCUGGGGGCGCUGCGGCUGCUGGUGCCCCUCCUGCCGCCCCCCUGAGCGCACCUGGGC